UAUCCAUCCUCGAUAAAUGGUUUGACAUUUUUCAACGUUUGAUUGGUUCUCAAUUUAGGUAUACGCUCUAUUACACGAGAGGGAGAGAAAAAAUUGAAGUGAGGAAAAGUUGCGGUAGACUCGGAUCCUGUCUCCCAAGAAAAAGGUUCAAACAAGUCCUGUUAUCUCGUACAAACAUUUUGACUCUUUUUCUCUCCCUUUCUCUUUCUAUUCAGUAAUUUUUUUCCACUCUAAGAAAACCUAACGGAAAUGGGUGAUCAGUACGGCUUUCCUGAUCUUCUGCGGUUUCCAGCCAGGAGAACCGAUUUUCCGGCAACCGUGCCACAACCCUCUGAACCAUACUUUGCUCAUAGAAACAUGGCUCCAUUAGCUCCAUACCACGAAGCCUUCAUGGUGAGCAAUGGGAUGGCGAUGCCUAACGGUUUGGUUAGGUUUGACAAUGAUCACUUCCCAGGUGCUUCUGCCUCCAGUGCUAUUACUGCUUCAGCUUCUGGUCCUUGCGCAUCACUGUUUGGAGUUGAGAUGGAGAAUGGUGGAUGGAGUCUGGGAAUCAUCGAUAGUGGAAACAGUCGGUGGCCGAGGCAAGAGACUCUUACUCUGCUUGAGAUCAGAUCUAGACUUGAUUCCAAGUUCAAGGAGGCCAAUCAGAAAGGACCCUUGUGGGAUGAGGUGUCUAGAAUAAUGGCGGAGGAACAUGGGUACCAGAGAAGUGGGAAGAAAUGUAGAGAGAAGUUUGAGAAUCUGUGCAAAUACUACAAGAAAACUAAGGAAGGUAAAUCAGGAAGACAAGAUGGGAAAAAUUACAGGUUCUUUCGACAACUCGAAGCCCUCUACGGUGAAACAAACAAUCAAAGUUCAGUCUCAGAAACUAGUCUGGCCCAAAGGACUCUCCUUUCCCGGACUUCAAACAACGCAAUGAACCAAGAAAAUCAUCAAGAAUCCAUGCAGAAACAGAAACUAAGUGAGAGCCUUUGUUUCUCCAAUGCAUCUGAAUUUGAUACUUCAUCGUCCGAAAACAAUGAUGACGGCCUUUCAGCCAUUGCUUUUAUGAUGAAACAGUCUACGGAGAAUAAGAAGAGUGGAAGCAGUUCGAGGGUUAAGAAGGGAUGGAAGACGAAGGUGAAGGACUUUGUGGAGUCACAGAUGAAGAAAUUAAUCGAAUCACAAGAUGUUUUGAUGGAAAGAAUGUUGAAGACCAUUGAAGAUAAAGAGCAAGAGAGAAUGUCGAAAGAGGAAGAAUGGAGGAGACAAGAGACUGCUCGGUUUGAUAAGGAACAUGAAUUCUGGGUCAAGAAGAGAGCUUGGUUUGAAGCUCGCGAUGCUGCAUUAAUGGAGGUUCUGAAGAAGUUUACAGGGAAAGGACUAGAAGUUUCAUUCUCAACAGAAGCGCCUGUGACCAAAAACCAGGAUGAAAUGAGCACAAACAGAUGGAGUGAACAUGAAAUCUCAAGCUUGAUACGGUUUAGGACAAGCUUGGAACCAAGAUUCCAGGAAACUACUGGGUAUUCAAAGCAUAGGCUAUGGGAAGAAAUAGAAGCAAAAAUGGUGAGUUUGGGUUAUGAACGUGAAGCAGUUGAGUGUAAAGAGAAGUGGGACAAUAUGCAGAUGUACUUUGACAUGACUAAUGCAGAGCGUUACAAGAAACGCAAGGAAGAUUUCAUGAGCAGCAAUUAUUUUCUGCAGCUUGAUUCCUUUGAUGUUAAACCAAGGAUAAAUCAGGCCAUGGACUCAUCAGCUUCAAAUUCUUAUGACAUCAUCAAUUCAUUUGAUAUUGCUGUAAACCAAGGAGAUCAGCGCUUCUGGGACAGGUAUGGAUUUAAGCUGAGUAAGGGAAAGAAUCAGCAAAUUUAGUUGUCUUUUUUUUUUUUUUUUAAUAGAUUGUAGUAGUAAGUAAUAGAAGUACAACCUCUGAAAGAGCUUGUAACUAUUG